AUGAGCGCUCCAACAUUUAGAGCGCUGAGGCGUGUAUCGCUGCUUUCUGAGCUUUGCGAGGCCGGUCCUUCUCGGCCUCGAUCAUUGCGAACCAGUGCAGCGCUCGCGGCGAAACCAGUCUUCGGGCGGUUCCCGAUGGAGCACGACAAGCCUCUCAGCGUCGAGGCGACCGACAGACCGAAACGGCGAACGAAAUACGGGACCGGUGCCCAGCGGCUUUCCUCGCAAUAUCAGGUCCGCGAGGGCAAGGCAAAGACGAAAGUCUUGCUGAACCAGAUGCUCGACGACGGCACAUUGCCAUGGGACGUGCCGGGAGAUGACAUGUACGCCGUCUCGGGGGCGGUGAACUGGUGUCUGUCCCAUCCAUCUGGCAAGCGAGAUCGACUUGCUCUGCGCCUAGUGCACACGCACCUGUCGCUGACACUGGAGCCGACACCGCAUACAGCGCGCUACCAGGCAUCCCGUUCGCACCAGUACGCAUGGUUCAUGUCGCAGUUCCUCCGCGCCGAUGAGCUCACGGAGACUCUGCACAGUAAUGCUCAGAGUCUGCUACAGCGCCAAAUGACGGAACGCGUCCCCCUCCAGCCAUGGAUUGUCGGGCGAGUGCUCGCCGCCCUCCGGCCACCAUUGAACGACAUUCUUCCCCUCCUCCCCGAGCUCGAUAACCGGAACUACGCCUCGAUGCUCCGCCUCAUGAUCCAGGAUUAUGCGCCGUUACCGUCCGAGCUCCGUGAAUACGUCGCAACAACUCGAGGACCAGAGGAAGAGUGGAGCUACGACGUGCUCGCCGCGCUGGUGUACUCGCACUUCCCGAGCCUCGACUUCCGUGGUGCCCUCGUUGCGCUUGGCGCUCUGCGCACAAAGGCGCAGAAGGACAAGGCCGCCGCUCUCGAGAAUGGCCAACUCUGGCCGCCGACGGACGGUAGCCUUGACGUUCUGAAGACCUCGUACGCGGACGUGAUGAGCCUCUGGUCACGAUCGCGCUUCCAUCGCACGAAGCGGAACCCGCGCCUAAACUCGACCGUGCCUUCGAAGCUAGCCGCGGAUCUUGUUCAGCUCCUGCGUGCAGACGAGGAGGAAGUGGAGCUUGCGCCAGCCUUCCUGAACACAUGGUUCAAUGCGGAGCGUAUCGCGGAGAACCACACUAAUGUGAACAAGGUGUGGGAGCACAUUUCAGGUAGUAGCAUCGACGCUACGCUCGAGGGCCACAUUGCGCGUCCUGUCGACCGCGACGCCAUCGUCGCCUUCCUCAAGUAUCUGAAGGUGCACAAGACCGAGGCGGAGCGGCACAACCUCCGCCCCCUGCUUGCGCACCUGCCCUUCCGGGACGGGAGCGUGCUCAACGCCUUCCUCGCCGUGCUCGGCGUACACCCGGACUUGAACCUCGUCAUCGCCAUUCUGCAAAGCGACCUCUACCUCGACCCGCGCGGCGUGGACCUGUGCUCCGCCGUGGUUAUCUAUCACAUCCGGCGCCUUCUCUCACAGCCAUGGACGACGCGGUCAGUCUUCGUCGAUGGGUUCAAGUUCCCCAUGGACUCGGGCGCGAGGGGGAACAACAUCAGCUUCAAGGAGUGGGACUGGAUCGCCAAGCUGCUUGGACACCAGGGCACGCCGACGAAUAUGCCCCUCACUACACCGACGGCCGAGCUCGAGGAGCGCGCCGAGGUUAGCGAGAACCCGAAGUGGAGCAAGUGGUACGGACCCAUGUCGCGCGUCGUCGUGGGCAAGGACGCUCUGGACGAGAAGGUCUCGAGAGUCAGGCCCGCUCUCACGGAGGCCAUCAAGCACGUCUCCCAGGUCCUGGCCAAGAGGGACGGCGUCGAUCCCCUGGUCCUCCAGACGGACCUCGAGGAAGCGCAGCGCCUUAUCAAGAGUGCAAACUGA